AGUAACAACUUUAAACACUGCAAAACUUUAAGAAGUACGAGUCCGUGUUAAAUUGCUAUACGUUUAACACAGAGCCUGUAUCUUUCAGUUUGAACCUGCCGCAAUCAAUACUGAGUAGCCUAAUCAAUAUUGAUUCGGUUGUGAUUUUUUUUUCUAGGUCUGCAGUCCGUUUACUUUUUCCGUCAUGAGGGCGAAUUGACAAUUGUCCCGUGACAAAUACAGAUUUGCAAUAUUUUCCUUCUUCCAGCUUUGUUCGACUGUUCUAGAAAGAUGUAUUUAAAAUCUACUUUAGAGGGAUUUUCAUCUCAGGAGGGCACAGCCCUGGACCCCCAGCCGGAUGCCUCUGCUACAUUAGUGCCACUCUGAUAACCCCAUCAAUUAGAUUUUUUGAACAUGAUGGAAUUGAACAUGGUGAUAUAAUUUCCAGCCACCGAGGGAAUAAAUUGUAUUAACGAGGAGACCUGCUUAUGAGGUAAGGGACCCCUGGAGUUAAGGAAAUCCCCACGAUCCAUGGAGUGCCCCCAAUCAACACAAUGAACUGCCAGCAGAAGUGAAGGUCUAUCGCCAGUACAUCAUGGAUGUAUCUCAGACUGAGAAGACAGAAGAGAGCAGGACGUGUCUCCACAUUAAACUAUACCACCCCCAGCAGUCUGUCCAGUCCAUGUACCGCCUGCUUCCCCUGGGCCGACGCCUCAAGCACCCGGCCGAGGACCCACUGCGACUGGGCCGUGACGCGGAAGCCUGCACGUUUGUCCUAAAUGACUCUCGUGUGUCCCGCAAGCAACUGGCCCUGCAGGCUUUCCGUACCGCCCACAGCUCACAGCUGUAUUUUUUGGUGCAGAACCUGAGUCAAAGGGGAAGCCUGGCUGUCAACAGUGCCGAUCUGGGCUAUCUGCAGUGGGCCCAGCUGCCUGACAAGGCGCUGCUCCGCUUUGCAGGGUACGAGCUGUUACUGUGCCAGGAACCUGGAGAAGCAAAGGACAGCUUUGAGGUACAGUUUGAGGUUGCCCAUAUGUCCCCCUGCCAGGAGGUGGGACUGGGAAUACCCUGUAGGAGCCCAGUUAUGGAUACUGGGUUACAGCCUUCCCUUUAUCCAAAUAACAGUGGCCAUAGCCAGGGUCCCCUGGAAAUGGAUGAGAGCUGCUUAAGUACAGGACUCUUUUCCUAAGACAAUACGAAACUGGCAUGUUUUGCAGUUAACCUUUUGCCCAUAAACAGCCAAUGUGAGUUUGAAUUGUGCUCCUAAUGCAAUUAUGCAAAGAAUCUGUGUUCAUGCAAGAAUUUAAUUUCAAUUAUCAGGCUUUUCUAAGCAAUUACUCAACCACAACGCAGUUCAUCCGGUUAAAUAUGAAUAUGCUGUUGAUUUCAUUGCUACCUCGAAAAGGGAACAGCCUAAACCAGAAGCUUUCUUUGGGGAAAGUUAUCUAUUUCCUAAUCUUUUAGUAAACUGCUCUCUCAACCUUCACUCUAGCAUUCUGUGAGAGGUGUAGAGAAUUACGAUACAAGGGAAAUUGUUUGAUUACAGCCAUUCAGAAACCACCAGACGACAAAACCACCUGUUUUGAUCGCCUUACUCAAUCCUUUGUCUGCUGCUGAUGUAUUUGCUUAUGGUCACUUGAAUGACAUUGGGUGAGCAUUUUUAAUGGUUUCAAAAGCCAUGUUUUAUAUUAAUUUAACUGUGAGUUUGACCUUUUAAUGGGUUAAUUUUGUGUGAUUUUUCUGAGUUUUUUUUUUCCUUAUUUCACUCAUGCAAUUAAUAUAUUGUUUAUCACCAUGUAGCAUUUUCUUGUUUUGCAUAGUUAAGCAUUCUUUUAUUCACAUAGCUGUAUUUUCAAACAAAUGUGAAUUCUUUUACAUACAAGCUGAAUUGCAGAAAACUUCAUUUUUUUAUUAGUUUUUAUUAAAUUUCUGUGAAGUUGUUUUUUUACAGUAAAACUAUUUCAAACGUAAGCUAUAUUUUGUGUGUUUAAUAAAGUGAACAAAAGUAA